AUGAACACGGACGUCGAGGCUUGUGGCAUAUAUCCCUCUAUAAAAGUCCCCUGGUCGUCGCAGCCUCGCGAAGCCGAAACGACCUACCGCGAUGCCGGCCUGGUGAAGACGAAAGGGACCCUCUUCCUGCUUCCGCCCCCAGACGACGUUCUCCGCGAGACCUUCAAUGCGCCUCCCCGGCCCAAGACCCGUAUGUCAGCAGGUGCCGUGGCCCUCUGUAAACAUUUCGAACGCGGUGGAGCAUCGUCCGAACAUGGGCGCUCACACCCAUUCUGGACCAUGCCUGUUGGAAGCAAUGAGAACAAAACAGAAAUAGCCCGCCAGAUUCUGGACGAUAUGUUGUCGCAGGCAGUCUGGAAGAACGUGAUGCUAUUGCACCACGGUGUAGCCGUGUAUGAAAUCAGAAACAGUAGGGGCUAUGGAAUAAGGUGGACCCUAGAUCUCCAGGAAAAGCGUGGAGCACGGGCCAGCGAAGACCAAGUCGAGUCCCAUCUCCUCGAAGAUGACUAUGAGAAGGACUGGGUCAUUACCAAAACCACAUUACGGGGCUUUCUGGAGCCCAUAGCGGGACUGGACUAUGAACUUCCACAUCGAGAACAAAAGGAGUCGGCUACAGGAUCAUCCGCGUGA